CGCCUCACAAAACCUUCUCUCGCCUCUCCUUUCCUUCUCUCUCCUCCUCCUCCAUCUCCAUGUCCUCUUCCUCCUCUCUCCCCACCGCCAUUUCUCCCCUCUCCCUCUCCGAUCCAGCUCCUCUCCGAAUCGCCAUAAUCGGAUUCGGCAACUACGGCCAGUUCCUCGCCGAAACCCUAGCCUCCGAAGGCCACACUCUCCUCGCCCACUCCCGAUCCGAUCACUCCGCCGCAGCCACCCGCCUCGGCGUCUCCUUCUUCACCACAGACCUCCACGACCUCUGCGAACGCCACCCCGACGUCGUCCUACUCUGCACCUCCAUCCUCUCCACCGAAACCGUCCUCAAAACGCUUCCGUUUCAGCGACUCCGCCGCAACACGCUCUUCGUCGACGUCCUCUCCGUGAAAGACUUCGCCAAGACUCUCCUCCUCCAAUACGUUCCCGACGACUUCGACAUCCUCUGCACCCACCCGAUGUUCGGCCCACAGAGCGCGAGUUCGAAUCGCGGAUCGUGGCGAGGUCUGCGCUUCGUCUACGAUAAGGUCAGGAUCAGGGGAGAUCGAUCGAGGUGCGAGAAGUUUCUCGCCGUGUUCGAGAGACGAGGAUGCGAGAUGGUGGAGAUGAGCUGCGCCGAUCACGAUCGUUACGCGGCGGGGUCGCAGUUCAUAACGCAUACGGUGGGUAGGGUUUUGGAGACGCUGAAGCUGCAGUCGACGCCGAUCAACACGAAAGGCUACGAGGCGUUGCUUGGCUUGGCUGAGAAUACACGUGGCGAUAGUUUCGAUUUGUAUUACGGCUUGUUUGUUUAUAAUAGCAACUCCCUUGAGAUGUUGGAGAGGAUGGAUUUGGCUUUUGAGUCCUUGCGUAAAGAGCUUUUUGGUCGUCUUCACGGUGUUGUGAGGAAGCAGUUGUUCGAAGGUGAGACACAUCAAUCUCACAUUGCUUUGGAUGUGACCAUGUCAAAAGACGUUUCUGAUUUCAAGUAUGAAUAUAAUGCUGAUGACAGUUCGAGGCUUCUUAAGAUUGGUAUUAUCGGGUUUGGUAACUUCGGACAGUUUCUAGCGAAGACAAUGGUCAAGCAGGGCCACACGGUGUUAGCGUACUCGAGAACAGACUACACUGAUGCAGCUGCGGAGCUUGGUGUCUCGUAUUAUUCAGAUCUUGAUGAUCUGUUUGAAGAGCAUCCCGAAGUUAUUCUUCUAUGCACGUCGAUACUUUCGACUGAGAAAGUUCUCAAGUCGCUCCCGUUUCAGAGACUGAAGAGGAGCACGCUCUUUGUGGACGUGCUUUCCGUAAAAGAGUUCCCCAGGAAUGCCUUCCUUCAAACUCUCCCGCAAGAUUUCGAUAUUUUGUGCACGCAUCCCAUGUUUGGUCCGGAGAGUGGUAAAAACGGAUGGAACGGUCUUUCCUUUGUGUUUGAUAAGGUUAGGAUCGGGAUGGAUGAUAGAAGAAGAUCUAGGUGCGAUAGUUUUCUCGAUAUUUUUGCACGUGAGGGAUGUUCCAUGGUCGAGAUGUCGUGUGCUGAACAUGAUUGGCACGCGGCUGGAUCGCAGUUUAUCACGCACACGGUGGGAAGGGUUCUGGAGAAGCUGGGCUUGGAAUCUACUCCUGUGGAUACCAAGGGUUAUGAGACGUUGUUGAAACUGGUGGAGAAUACUGCUGGUGACAGCUUUGAUCUUUACUAUGGACUGUUUUUAUACAAUCCUAAUGCAAUGGAGCAGCUUGAGAGGUUCGGUUUUGCUUUCGAAUCGUUGAAGAAACAGCUCUUUGGACGACUGCACGGUCUUCUGCAUAAGCAGCUGUUUGGAAAUGAUAAGGAGACUCAAAUCAUGUUGGAGACAACUGGUUUGUCCACAUUCAGAUGAAGCUAAUUUUCCUAAACGAUCUUCGUUAAACUAUAAAAUUGCUCAAGUUAAUGUUCCAACCAGUUUCAAGUUUC